GUUUGUAUACAUAUUUACAUUCAGUUCACGAAUCGGUUCUAUAAUGUGCGCAAACCAUCAGUAGAACUGAAAAGGAACGAUAAAUACACACGCAUGAAAAUAAAAGUUCAAAGUUCGCGCAGCAUUUAAGAACGAUUUAAAAUAAAAAACAACAGAUGGCAGAGAUUGAAAAGGAUCUUUUAAGGGACAUCAACAGCGACGUGGAUGGAGCGCUUGGCGCAGCAGACAAUUCCAUUAACGGAGCAACAGGGGGUGAUGAAUUAAAAGCCGACGCAAUGGUCGAGUCAUCGUUUCUGUCUGAUCUAUUGCGCGAAAUUUUUUAUAGUCCCAUGAAUCUGGCAUUACUUGCUAUAAUUUGCUUUUUGGUAUACAAAAUCGUGAGAGACCGUACCGAAGUCCCCAGUGUGAGCGCACAGAGCUCAGUUGAACCUGCACUGCCGAAACUGCGACGAGAUUUUACAGUCCAAGAACUGCGUUCCUACGACGGAAAUCAACCAGAUGGUCGUGUAUUGGUAGCUGUCAAUGGGAACGUAUAUGAUGUUACUAAAGGAAAACGUUUCUAUGGGCCAGGAGGCCCCUACGCUACAUUUGCUGGACGAGAUGCUUCACGCAAUUUAGCCACGUUUAGCGUGGCGGCUAACGAAAAGGAUGACUAUGACGAUUUGAGCGACCUGAAUGCUAUGGAAAUGGACUCGGUAAACGAGUGGGAAAUGCAAUUUAAGGAAAAAUACGAGUUUGUGGGUAAGCUGUUGCGCAAGGGUGAACAACCAAGCAACUACGAUGAUGAUGAGGAAGACGAGAAUAUUUCAAGCAUUAGCGAUGUUAAAAAGCAAAACGAAAACAUAAAUAAUUCUAUCAGCGAUGGGCAACAAAAAAGUGAUGACUUGGAAAAAUUAAUUACUAAUGCUCCCGCAGAAGAUGCAACACUAAGACAGAGAGUCGUAACUGGAAGUCACAUUACACUAGGAGCAAGUUCCACAACAAAUAUUGCUGAUAGCGAAGCCAACUCCACCGAUUGUUAAUAAUACAAA